ACUUCUGUGAGCAGUGGACAGCAUGGAGCAAAAUACACCAUCAGCUUGUUCUUGGAACAUCAGUGGGAAGAUGACAAAUGGGGAUUAACCAAACUUACUAUCAUCAAGGAAAUAGAAACACCAUUUGAACCAGUAGAACUUGCUAUAACCAACAACUCAAAUCUGAGUGCAAGGCUAAUGAAUGUGACAGUGGGAAGGUUCCUCCCAGAUGUAGAGCUUGUGAGCUUAACCAUUGAGGGGGCAACUGUUGCUGUACCUGAAGCCAUUCAGCAUGGGUAUCUAACAUACAAGAUCAGAUAUGCUAAUGGAAGCAAAGCCUAUGUAAUACAAGUCCCAUUUGAUGCACCAAGCAUUAAGGAAGAGUACGUGAAAGAAGACAUGAAAGCAUACACCCUGAAUGUCACAGUUACAUUCAUAACCCAUCCAUCAAAUGAGAGCUUCGCUGUCCCAGUCAUAACAGUGUCCACUGUUAAAGACACAGUACUGCCCAGUGCAAGAGGAUUUUGUGAUGGGAGGAACCUUCAUCUCAUUAUCACUCGUGGGAACAUUGACCAAAACUGGGUACCCUUCAUCUCAGACUGGCACCUGACCCCAGAGGCUGCACAGAAGUACAACUACAGCCUGAGGGACAAUGGCACUCACUUGGCAGUCUCUGUCCCUUUCCUUUCUUCCCUUUUGAACUAUGAGGGUUUUCAUACCUCUGGAAUAAAGGCUUCACUCCGCUUAACCUUGAAGGAUGGCAUCACCUUGGCUAAAAGGAGAGACUUCUCAAUUUCCUGCAGAUUUUCACCUUCAGAGCUAAUACAGUGCCUGCCUAAUGGCACAGUGGUUAUUACUGCAGUGAAAUUUGUAGGAAUUUCAGACCUGGACACCAACCAGCUUGUCUUGAGGGACAGACAAUGUAAACCCAGCCUAGUGACAGAAAAGACUGCAACCUUCAAGUUCAAUGUGAACACUUGUGGAACAAGUAGAAAGUUCAAUAGCACAACUAUGACGUAUGAAAAUGCUGUACUCUACUUCAGACCUGGCAAUGAUACACCAGUAUACCAACUGAAGUUUGUGUGCUCGUAUGCAAUCAAGCAGACUGUUGAUGUCAGAUACGAAUCUAAGAGGAACCCACCACCCAGUGUUAAGCCAGGGCUUGGCUCUCUAUCUCUUUCACUGAAGCUUUUCAAAGACAAAUCCUAUUCAGACCCCUAUCAGGAAUCAGAAUAUCCAGUGUUAAAAUACCUGAGGGAGGCACUGUAUUUUGAAGUUGAACUGCUCCAGCCUGAAGAUGCGAGACUGGAACUAAACCUGGAUGACUGUUGGGCUACAAAAUCCCAAAGCCAGGACAGCCUUCCACAGUGGCCCAUCCUUAUAAACGGGUGUGAAAACAGCGAAGACUCCUACCGAACAGUCUUCCAUGAAGUUAACUAUAGUCUCAGAGUAAAAUUUCCUCAGCACCUAAAGAGAUUUGAAGUGAGGAUGUUUACCUUUGUACAAGGCACAACUCUGUUACAAGAGCAGCUGUAUUUCCACUGCAGUGUAGUGAUCUGCAGCAGUAUGCAACAGCCUUCAGGGGCUGUUUGUCCAAAGAGAUGCAAUCUUGGAAAACACAGACUAGUGCUGAAUUCCAAGUCUUUCUUUGUGACUUGUGUUGGACCUAGUUUGCUGAGCUAA